AUGGACGCCAUCAAGAAGAAGAUGCAGGCCAUGAAGAUGGAGAAGGAUGCCGCACUUGUGCGUGCUGACGAGGCCGAGGAGAAGGAGCGCGAGGUGCAGGGCAGGCUGGCCGCCGUCGAGGAGGAGCUGCGCGACACCCAGAAGAAGAUGGUCCAGACCGAGAACAACUUGGACGAGGUCCAGGAGAAGCUCAACAACGCCACCCAGCAGGUCGAAGACAAGGAGAAGAAGGCCUCCGAAGCCGAGGCCGAGGUCGCCUCCAUCAACCGCCGAAUCACCCUGGUGGAGGAGGAGUACCAAAGGACGGAGGAGCGCCUGAAGGUCGCCACCGAGAAGUUGGAGGAGGCCACCGGACAGAUUGACGAGACCGAAAGGUGCCGGCGCGAGAUGGAGGCCAAGUCUUUCCAGGAGGAAGAGAAGGCCAACUCCGUUGAGGAACAGCUCAAGGAGGCCCAAUCCCUCGCCGAGGAGGCCGACCGCAAGUACGAUGAGGUCGCCCGUAAAUUGGCCAUGGUUGAGGCCGAUCUCGAGAGGGCCGAGGAGCGCGCCGAAGCCGGAGAAAACAAGAUCGUCGAGCUUGAGGAGGAGCUCCGAGUCGUCGGCAACAACUUGAAAUCCCUGGAAGUUUCCGAGGAGAAGGCUAUGCAGAGGGAAGACGCCUUCGGCGACCAGAUCCGCACCAUCACCCAGAGGCUGAAGGAGGCCGAGACCCGCGCCGAAUUCGCCGAGCGCUCGGUGCAGAAGCUGCAGAAGGAGGUUGACCGUCUCGAGGACGAGCUCGUCCACGAGAAGGAGCGCUAUGCCGCCAUCUCCGACGAGUUGGACGACACUUUCCAGGAGCUCUCCGGCUAU